AGCUCAUUGAGCAGAGUAGAGGAAGGUGGACAGGUAACACCAGAGCUUUUGAGAGCUUCCCUUUUAGGGAAGGAAAGAAGACUUAAGAGGGUCCUAGAAGUGUCAACAUGAGGGUCCAUGAGCUAGAAAACCUGAAGGAUAAGAUCCAGGAGCUAAAAACCAUCAUCAACUUCCAGGAAAAGAGCCGACUUCUGCAAACCAAGGCCUUAGAGGACAAGACCAGCCAAAACAAGGAUAUGAUUCAUCUUCUGCAGAAGAACCUCCGUCAUUUCCAACAAGACUGGACAGUUGCCAAAAGACAUGAUGAAUGGACCAUUACCCGGGCCUGUCGGAAGAACAUACCUUUGAAGUUGGCCACCUGCCGGAGUACUAUGGAGGUAGCCCGAGAAAAGCUGCGUAAGUAUGUAUUUGACCGUGUGAAUGUUCACAAUGUGAUGCUUCACCUGGUUCGGCAGCGAGGGGAGACGCUGGAAAGCAUGCAGACAGAGCUAAAUCAUUUGCUAGACCAGCAGAACUAUAGCAAAGAAGAACUAAAGCAGCUGCAGAUGAUCCGGCAGUUAGAGAACAAUAUCGAAAAGACAAUGAUCAAGAUCGACACUUGCCAGAACAUCUAUAUGCUCUACAUUCGGUUGUUGGAUUAUCUGAAAAAAGAGCUGAUGUACUACCCACAACAGCUGGACAAGCUGCAGACCAUGGUGAUCCAGUACCAGAAGGAUCUUACAGACAUGAGUCUGAUGACCCAGGAAGCCAUAAAGUUGACAGAAGAGGCCAAGGUGAACAUGACAGAAAUGGAGACAGCCUUCCUCACAGAGCGCAGGGCCAGGGAACAAAAGCUCUCGCAGCAGAAGAAAAUGAUUGAAAAGAUUCAAUCAGCUAGCAGUGAGAAGCACCGGAGGGGCAGACUAGAAAUGGAAUACACCUCCGGCUUGAUGACUCCAGAGCCAGUAAAAGGAAAAAAGGCAAGUUUAUCCAAGGCUGACAUGGAGUAUCAAGCAGCUGUGACCCAGAUAGUGGACAAGGUCAAGAAUGCUGUACAGUGCUCUCAUCUCUGGGAUAUCGCAGGAAGAUUCCUGGCCCAGAAAAACACACAGGAGAACCUUCUACAGCAGACCGAGGAGUAUGAACAAAAAAGGAAGGAGCUCGAGGCUCAUCUGCAGAAACUGGACCUAGAGCGGGCAAUGCUCAAGUUUCAUCAGACCCCAGAUGUCGACAAGAUCGACAGCUUUAAGGAUCAAGAGGAGAAAAUGAAGGAGAUGUUGGAAAACACAAAGGAAAGGCUCAGGCAGGAAAGCCACAACUUGGUUAAGAGUGAACAAUUGCUUCUCAACAUCGAGCUGGGCAUAGACAAUCUGUUCCUUCGCCUGAUAAGCGUCCCAUUGCCUUCAGAGAAAGGAAUCCCUAGUCCUGCUGAUAGCAAAGAUGCCUACAGCAAACUACAAUACUGUGAGAAGAAGCUGGUCCAUCUGAUAGAAAGAACUAAGGAUUAUGUGGACAUAUGCGAAGAGUCUUCCCAGAAAGUGAAAGACUUCCUAGAGGAAACUACUCUACAACAGAAGCAUAACGUGAGGAUUGCUUUUGAAGAUACUGAUGAGAUUGAGACAGAGUCCUUCCAAUUUCCUGAUGUGGAGAGCACCUUUGUUUUUUCCCGGGAUGACAUCAAGAAACAAAGUGAAAAACUGAUUGAAGCUAAACUCAAAAAUAACAAAAGACCAAAGAAGAAAUAAUGGUACCUUCUUUAACCUUGAUCCUUUCCUUAAUUCCACAAGGCCCACCAUGUCCAACUUUCUAGCUCACAAUGGACCGCCUCCUUUGGUCAGUUUAUUACAAAUAAAUUUUUUUCCAGGA